AUGAAGAGGACAAGACUGGAGGCGCCAAGCCCUGCCUGUUUAAAGGCCCAGCUCUGUCAGAACUUGAUUUGGCAUGAGCCCGCAGCCACCAGGGGGAAGGAACGCCACAGCAUAGGCCUGUCUCAACCUGUACCUGAGACGUGUUGCUGGGAGGAGAACAGUCUGUUUGUGUGUGUUGGGUUGGAGUACCUCUGGUGAGAGAUGGAGUAGAAACACAGUCACACAGAAACACACAGACACACACAGACACACACAGACACACAGACACACACAGUUAUGCAGGUGUGCUGCACUGUGCGUGUGUGUGUGUGUGUUCGGUAGGCUAAUGAAUGUGCAUUACACGCAAGUUGCAACCAUUUGAAAUAUACAGGAUGUCUCAUGAUCACACAUGCUGUUGUCCAUUGCAGUUACAGGGGAUGAAAAAGAGGGUUUGAUUCAUUGUAUCUAUCUGGUGCACACAGUUGGAACGGUCUUUGGUGUCAGGAAGGACAAGGUGUUGGGGGUGGCUUUUCUAAAGAAUGUCAUUUAUCAACAAAUAACAAAUCAAACAAGUCACGGUUUUUACUCUUGAUUAAAAAAAAACACCAAGUCACCUACCAACCUGCCACAGACAGAAGCUUAGUGUUUUUAUUCAUUAAAAAUAACAACGCUCCAAUUUUCUUCUCUCUUGACUCCUUGUCAAGCCUGUAAGUGGAGUCAACUGUAGUGACUGGCUGACUGUCUGAGUAGUCAACUGUAGUGACUGGCUGACUGUCUGAGUAGUCAACUGUAGUGACUGGCUGACUGACUGAUAGUCCAACUGUAGUGACUGGCUGACUGACUGAGUAGUCAACUGUAGUGACUGGCUGACUGACUGAGUAGUCAACUGUAGUGACUGGCUGACUGACUGAGUAGUCAACUGUAGUGACUGGCUGACUGACUGAGUAGUCAACUGUAGUGACUGGCUGACUGACUGAGUAGUCAACUGUAGUUGACUGGCUGACUGACUGAGUAGUCAACCUGUAGUGACUGGCUGACUGACUGAGUAGUCACUGUAGUGACGGGCUGACGUGAGUGUCAACUGUAGUGACUGGCUGACUGACUGAGUAGUCAACCUGUAGUGACUGGCUGACUGUCCUGAGUAGUCAACUGUAGUGACUGGCUGACUGACUGAGUAGUCAACUGUAGUGACUGGCUGACUGACUGAGUAGUCAACUGUAGUGACUGGCUGACUGACUGUCUGUCUGAGUAGUCAACUGUAGUGACUGGCUGACUGUCUGAGUAGUCAACUGUAGUGACUGGCUGACUGACUGUCUGAGUAGUCAACUGUAGUGACUGACUGACUGUCUGAGUAGUCAACUGUAGUGACUGGCUGACUGACUGUCUGAGUAGUCAACUGUAGUGACUGGCUGACUGACUGACUGUCUGAGUAGUCAACUGUAGUGACUGGCUGACUGACUGACUGUCUGAGUAGUCAACUGUAGUGACUGGCUGACUGUCUGAGUAGUCAACUGUAGUGACUGGCACUGACUGUCUGAGUAGUCAACUGUAGUGACUGGCUGACUGUCUGAGUAGUCAACUGUAGUGACUGGCUGACUGACUGACUGUCUGAGUAGUCAACUGUAGUGACUGCUGACUGACUGUCUGAGUAGUCAACUGUAGUGACUGACUGACUGUCUGAGUAGUCAACUGUAGUGACUGGCUGACUGUCUGAGUAGUCAACUGUAGUGACUGGCUGACUGACUGUCUGAGUAGUCAACUGUAGUGACUGGCUGACUGACUGACUGUCUGAGUAGUCAACUGUAGUGACUGACUGACUGUCUGAGUAGUCAACUGUAGUGACUGACUGACUGUCUGAGUAGUCAACUGUAGUGACGACUGACUGUCUGAGUAGUCAACUGUGUGACUGCUGACUGACUGAGUAGUCAACUGUAGUGACUGGCUGACUGUCUGAGUAGUCAACUGUAGUGACUGGCUGACUGAUCUGUUGAGUAGUCAACUGUAGUGACUGCUGACUGCUGAGUAGUCAACUGUAGUGACUGCUGACUGACUGUCUGAGUAGUCAACUGUAGUGACUGGCUGACUGUCUGAGUAGUCAACUGUAGUGACUGGCUGACUGUCUGAGUAGUCAACUGUAGUGACUGGCUGACUGUGUCUGAGUAGUCAACUGUAGUGACUGGCUGACUGUCUGAGUAGUCAACUGUAGUGACUGGCUGACUGUCUGAGUAGUCAACUGUAGUGACUGCUGACUGGACUGUCUGAGUAGUCAACUGUAGUGACUGGCUGACUGUCUGACUGUGAGUCAACUGUAGUGACUGGUGACUGACUGACUGUCUGAGUAGUCAACUGUAGUGACUGGCUGACUGACUGACUGUCUGAGUAGUCAACUGUAGUGACUGACUGACUGUCUGAGUAGUCAACUGUAGUGACUGACUGACUGACUGACUGUCUGAGUAGUCAACUGUAGUGACUGACUGACUGACUGACUGUCUGAGUAGUCAACUAUAGUGACUGGCUGUCUGUCUGAGUAGUCAACUAUAGUGACUGGCUGACUGUCUGAGUAGUCAACUGUAGUGACUGGCUGACUGACUGAGUAGUCAACUGUAGUGACUGACUGACUGACUGAGUAGUCAACUGUAGUGACUGGCUGACUGUCUGAGUAGUCAACUGUAGUGACUGGCUGACUGUACUGAGUAGUCAACUGUAGUGACUGGCUGACUGACUGACUGUCUGAGUAGUCAACUGUAGUGACUGACUGACUGUCUGAGUAGUCAACUGUAGUGACUGGCUGACUGACUGUCUGAGUAGUCAACUGUAGUGACUGGCUGACUGUCUGAGUAGUCAACUGUAGUGACUGACUGACUGUCUGAGUAGUCAACUGUAGUGACUGACUGACUGUCUGAGUAGUCAACUGUAGUGACUGACUGACUGACUGUCUGAGUAGUCAACUGUAGUGACUGACUGUCUGUCUGAGUAGUCAACUGUAGUGACUGGACUGACUGUCUGAGUAGUCAACUAUAGUGUAUGUCUGUCUGUCUGUGGAGCUAUGUACUCACGCUACCUGGUUCUCCCAAAGCAUUUUAGAAUUUUUGCAUUGUAAUUUCAUGAAAAGUCCAUAAUAUAUCUGCAAUAACAGUGGAAUGACAGUGUUUCACAGUAUUACUUAUCCGCCAGUGUUGUGAUUGGCUGUGAUAUUCGCCUAUUGAUUUCUCCCGCCGGAACGGCAUCUGUUGUCAAAAUGGGAAAGCUGUUCUGACUUUGUGGCUGUGUUAUCUAGUGGAAAUUGGGUCAAGUGGCCAAUGGAGAAAUCGCUCUGUCAUUUCCUGGUUGCAAAAAUUCUACACUGUUCGCUCAAUUUCAGAUUAUAAUAAAAUAAAAAAUAAAUUGGUCAUUUAGCAGACGCUCUUAUCCAGAGCGAUUUACAGGAGCAAUUAGGGUUAAGUGCCUUGCUCAAGGGCACAGACAGUUUUUUCACCUAGUCGGCUCGGGGAUUAGAACCAGCGACCUUUCGGUUACUGGCACAACGCUCUUAACCACUAAGCUACCUGCCGCCCUAUGAGAAAACAAGCACUGUAUAGUGUAGGGAAUCAUUGUACCAUCUAAAUCGCUGUGAAAUAUCUUCUCAAUAACAGAAAAUAUAGUUUUUACAGCUGUUCGAAAUUUAAAAGGCUGAAACGCGAGUCUCCGCCAUGUUACAGGAAAUGGGAUGCGGGGAGAUUUGUUUUGAAUGCAGCCUAGUGCUGUUGCAAUUCACCCAUCUUCCACGUGGGGCAGACAUUCUGAGACAUUUUAGGUGUAGUACCCUUUUUAAAUGGCUGACUUUGUCCCAAAUGGCACCCUAUUCCCUACAUAGUGCACUACUUUAGACCAGAGCCUUAUGGUAGCGCACUAUAUAGGGAAUAGGGUGCCAUUUGGGAUGCACCGUUGUGAUUUAAGCGGCUAUGUAUUGUGUUAGCAGUGUUUUCCCUGUGUGUGUGUGUGUGUGUGUCAUUCAUAUUGUGAAUGGCUCAUAAUUACAUAGUAACACAUGAGAGAGUACCGCGCCCUUCCUGGGAGAGGAGAAGAGGGCCACUGGGGGGCCACUGUGAGUGUUUUCCUUUCGGCAGCAGCUCCGUAGCAAACAUACCGCCAGCAGCACAUAGUCGCUCAAAGUUUGUGGCUUGAGGCCUGUGAUGGUUGAUCUUCAUCUGGCUGGCGGUGUGUGUGUUAACCUACAGGAUGGCACCAGUCUUAAACAACUGUUGUCUUCUGCCUCGAUCGUGGCUGAGAUACUGACAAUGCUUUAUGUUACCAUGUAUCGUGGCUGAGAUACUGAGAAUGCUUUAUGUUACCAUGUAUUGUUGUCCUUAGCUAAAUGAAUGGUCCGUUUUGAAAUUAUUCACAAGCACUGAACCCCCCUUUACGGCAUUUUAUUUUUUAUUUAUUUAUUUAACCUUUAUUUAACCAGAUAAGCCAGUUGAGAACAAGUUCUCAUUUACAACUGCGACCUGGCCAAGAUAAAGCAAAGCAGUGCGAUAAAAACAACAACACAGAGUUAGCAUAUCUCUCUCUGUCUCUCUCCCCCUCUCUCUCUCUCUCUCCCCCCCUCUCUCUCCCCCUCUCUCCUGUGUGUGUGUGUGUGUGUGUGUGUGUGUGUGUGUGUGUGUGUGUGUGUGUGUGUGUGUGUGUGUGUUGGAGGAGCUACUCUUGAUGAAAGGAAAGGGAGUGCUAGCUAGAUGGAUCGUCCUGGCACGAAGGAGAAGAGAGGAGACGUUUCCUUGCCAAGUAAAAGCUAGAUUGUGUAAUAAUAUUAAAAGUCAGACAGCUGCUGGGAUGGGCUCCUUUCAAUGGAACACAACUUAGUAGAGAUGGAAUUUAAUGUAGCAUUGUUCUAGCGCACCGAACACUGCCCCGGGACCUUUUCACAAUCUUCACAGGGCUUUGUCCCCCUUCAGAACAGGGCUUUGUCCCCCUUCAGAACAGGGCUUUGUCCCCCUUCAGAACAGGACUUUGUCCCCCUUCAGAACAGGGCUUUGUCCCCCUUCAGAACAGGGCUUUGUCCCCCUUCAGAACAGGGCUUUGUCCCCCUUCAGAACAGGACUUUGUCCCCCUUCAGAACAGGACUUUGUCCCCCUUCAGAACAGGACUUUGUCCCCCUUCAGAACAGGGCUUUGUCCCCCUUCAGAACAGGGCUUUGUCCCCCUUCAGAACAGGACUUUGUCCCCCUUCAGAACAGGACUUUGUCCCCCUUCAGAACAGGACUUUGUCCCCCUUCAGAACAGGACUUUGUCCCCCUUCAGAACAGGACUUUGUCCCCCUUCAGAACAGGACUUUGUCCCCCUUCAGAACAGGGCUUUGUCCCCCUUCAGAACAGGGCUUUGUCCCCCUUCAGAACAGGACUUUGUCCCCCUUCAGAACAGGGCUUUGUCCCCCUUCAGAACAGGGCUUUGUCCCCCUUCAGAACAGGACUUUGUCCCCCUUCAGAACAGGACUUUGUCCCCCUUCAGAACAGGACUUUGUCCCCCUUCAGAACAGGACUUUGUCCCCCUUCAGAACAGGACUUUGUCCCCCUUCAGAACAGGGCUUUGUCCCCCUUCAGAACAGGACUUUGUCCCCCUUCAGAACAGGGCUUUGUCCCCCUUCAGAACAGGACUUUGUCCCCCUUCAGAACAGGGCUUUGUCCCCCUUCAGAACAGGACUUUGUCCCCCUUCAGAACAGGACUUUGUCCCCCUUCAGAACAGGACUUUGUCCCCCUUCAGAACAGGGCUUUGUCCCCCUUCAGAACAGGGCUUUGUCCCCCUUCAGAACAGGACUUUGUCCCCCUUCAGAACAGGACUUUGUCCCCCUUCAGAACAGGACUUUGUCCCCCUUCAGAACAGGACUUUGUCCCCCUUCAGAACAGGGCUUUGUCCCCCUUCAGAACAGGACUUUGUCCCCCUUCAGAACAGGGCUUUGUCCCCCUUCAGAACAGGACUUUGUCCCCCUUCAGAACAGGGCUUUGUCCCCCUUCAGAACAGGACUUUGUCCCCCUUCAGAACAGGACUUUGUCCCCCUUCAGAACAGGACUUUGUCCCCCUUCAGAACAGGGCUUUGUCCCCCUUCAGAACAGGACUUUGUCCCCCUUCAGAACAGGACUUUGUCCCCCUUCAGAACAGGACUUUGUCCCCCUUCAGAACAGGACUUUGUCCCCCUUCAGAACAGGACUUUGUCCCCCUUCAGAACAGGACUUUGUCCCCCUUCAGAACAGGACUUUGUCCCCCUUCAGAACAGGGACUUUGUCCCCCUUCAGAACAGGACUUUGUCCCCCUUCAGAACAGGACUUUGUCCCCCUUCAGAACAGGACUUUGUCCCCCUUCAGAACAGGACUUUGUCCCCCUUCAGAACAGGACUUUGUCCCCCUUCAGAACAGGACUUUGCCCCCCUUCAGAACAGGACUUUGUCCCCCUUCAGAACAGGACUUUGUCCCCCUUCAGAACAGGGCUUUGUCCCCCUUCAGAACAGGACUUUGUCCCCCUUCAGAACAGGACUUUGUCCCCCUUCAGAACAGGGCUUUGUCCCCCUUCAGAACAGGGCUUUGUCCCCCUUCAGAACAGGACUUUGUCCCCCUUCAGAACAGGGCUUUGUCCCCCUUCAGAACAGGGCUUUGUCCCCCUUCAGAACAGAAGUGAACCUGACAGGCAACGUUUUCCAUCAUGUUCUCUUCACUGGAGCGAUUAAACACUGGGGUGCGUCCCAAAUGGUACCCUAUUCCCUAUAUUAUAGUGCACUACUUUUGACCAGGGCCCAUGGGCUAAAGUAGUGCACUAUAUAGGGAAUAGGGGGCCAUUUGGGACGUAAUAUGAAUGCUUACAAAGCAGCAGCAGGAAUCUGAGAAGUAUGGUUAUGUCUGGAAGAAUCAACUGACUGUUUUCUUUGAUGGCCUUUCUACCUUCUUACAGUGCCAGUUAGGCAGAUGACCACUAACUGACCCUUUGGGCAGAUGACCACUGACUGACCCUUUGGGCAGAUGACCACUGACUGACCCUUUGGGCAGAUGACCACUGACUGACCCUUUGGGCAGAUGACCACUGACUGACCCUUUGGGCAGAUGACCACUGACUGACCCUUUGGGCAGAUGACCACUGACUCACCCUUUGGGCAGAUGACCACUGACUGACCCUUUGGGCAGAUGACCACUGACUGGCCCUUUGGGCAGAUGACCACUGACUGACCCUUUGGGCAGAUGACCACUAACUGGCCCUUUGGGAAGAUGACCACUGACUGACCCCUUCUGUGUUUGGGAAUGAUUCAACCUCUGACUGUCCCAUUAGUCAGGUAGCACCAUAGCGUUGUGGAUGACAAGUCUUUCAGUGAGGAAACGUCCAUUCCUGCGGUCAGUGACACUGCUUAGUGUCAGCCAGGUAGUGGUGGUUACUGUGGUAACCACCUCUGACCUCAUUUCUACAGUAAGAGCCAGGAAGACUCAUCGAAUAUUCAUGACGAAACACACGAUGAGUGUCAUUGAGUCCUUGUUGGAUUGAGACCGAGACAUACAGUGCUAUGAGGAACCUCUGCCUACCUUGGCCAUCAGAUUGCAACACUGUGUCGUGUCCCCGUGUCUUGAAGAUGAAAUCCAGGUCCAGAGUUAAAGGAGGAAGGCCAAUUAAAUUGUCCCUGGAGGGAGGGGGUCCAUUUUAUUGCACCACUCCUCAGAAGUGGCUGGCUACUGCCCCGGAGCCCAACUACUAAGAGACAUUAGCUAGGUGUGUCCCAUCUAACAACAAUCAAACACACACACACACACACACACACACACAGAGAGCUUUACAUUAACAUUUUUAAUGGGUAGCAAUUAUAAAAAAGCUAUAAUGUUGAUACAGAAAUCUGUUUCAGUCAUUUGUGGAAUAUGUUUCUACAUUGUUUAAAAGCACUACCUCUUGAGAUGCAUUACAUUAAAUUCUACACUGUCUCUUUAAGAGUGUCCCGUUUGAGUGACAACAUGUAAGAGAUGAGUCAUUCACUGCUGUGAUCAUUGAUCUCCUGAAGAAGAGAUCCCUUUUCAUUUCUGUCUGUGUGUCCCCAGAUGUUUAGAUGUACUGGUAAUGUUACCAUGGCUACAUUCAGUAGACUACUGGUGAAGUAACCAGGUUGUUAUUUAGCCGAGGUAACAUGACUGAACAAGGUGUAAACAAAUGCCCGCAAGUGGUUUUGGAACGACCCACGAAAUGGUUUAUGAACAGGGCCUUAAAACAAUUAUUUAUAGAAAAACAACAAAAUUGCAUAUUCUAAUUGGAUGUUCUAAUUUCAAUUGCGCACCUCAAGAGACUGGUUUCGGCAUUGCUAACUGUUUCGGCAUGCUAACUGUUUCGGCAUCGCUAACUGUUUCGGCAUCGCUAACUGUUUUCGGCAUCGCUAACUGUUUUCGGCAUCGCUAACUGUUUCGGCAUCGCUAACUGUUUCGGCAUCGCUAACUGUUUCGGCAUCGCUAACUGUUUCGGCAUCGCUAACUGUUUUCGGCAUCGCUAACUGUUUUCGGCAUCGCUAACUGUUUUUGGCAUCGCUAACUGCCUUUACGUCUUCAGAAAAUCACUGAUGCAUUCUUUCAUAUUCUUUACAUGUUGGCUUUGGAUUGAACGAAUCGGCUCUCACCAAAAUGGUCGCCCUGCCCACACACACACACAUAUAUCACUGAUGAAGAGCGUGUGUGUGUGUGUGCGUGUGGGUGGGUGUGCAUGUUUCAGGCCAUAAUCACAGACCUGUCUUUAACCCUCUGUGCUACAGAUUUUGUUUUGAAGGCUAGAAUGUGUUGAUUUAUCUGUGGUCCUAAAGGUCAGUGGCUCCAGAUGCUCCAUUUCCAGAGGAUUCAUCCAUCUACUUUGUUGGUCUUAGCUUUGACUGUCCUGGGCCUGACAUUUAAAAUGUGACCUUUUUUAAAAAAAAUUGGUUAGUCUAGGAAUCUAACCCUUUGAACUCUCUUGUCUCUCUGCAGUACUGCAUUUUGUACACUUUUUGGUAAAGUUCAUGUUCAUGUUAAAUUAUCUUGAUGACAAGCGGCUCCUGAUGAGGUUUCUAUUUUGUGUUGAACUUUGAAGGCAAAGACAAAUGUCCACGUUGUGUGGACUGUUUCAUUUGAUUCAUUUACUGUACAGGUCACGAGUAGAGAGAUAGAACAGAGAGAGAGAAGAGAGCGAGCGAGAAGAGACGAGAGACGUAGAGAGAAGAGAGAAGACGAGCGAGAAAAGGAAAGAGGAGAGGAGAAGAAAGAGACAAGAGAGCGAGAGAACGCGAAACAACGAGCGAAAGAGAGAGAGAGAGAGAGCAGAAGGAGAGAGAGCAGAGAAGAGGGACAGAGAGAGAAAAGAGAGGAAAGAGAGAGUAGAGACAGAGAGAGCUAGAGAGAGAAAGAGGAGGCAAGAGAGCGAGAGAGGAGAGAGAGCAAGAGAGAGGAGAGGAGAGGAAGAGAGCGGCGAGAGGCGUGAGAGAGAGAGAGGCAGAGAGAGGAGACAAGAGCGCAGGACAGGAGAACGAGAGAGAGGAGAGCAGAGCGAGCGAAGAGAGGAGAGCGAGCGGCGAGCGCGAGAGAGAGACUCUAGAGAGAGAGCGGACGAGAGAGCGCGGGAGAGGCAAGAGAGAGAGGAGCGAGAGCGGAGCGCGCGCGAGGAGAGAGAGAGAGAUCGAGGAGAGAGUAUGCGAGAGCGAAGCGACGAGAAGGGACAGAGAGGAGAGCGAACGAGAGAAGAGCGAGAGAAGACCGGGCGCACUGGGGCGCUGAAAUCCGAAUUAGAGUCAGACGAGACUCGAGAAGCUCAUACGCUCGCAUGUAGCAGUCACUAGAGGAGACGCUAGAGAGUCGCGCGCUGACGAUCUCACGGCACCGCAGCUCAAGGAGAGAGGAGGAGUCUCCUCUCGUCUCUUCCUCUCUCUCCUCUCUAUCCUCUUCUCCUCUCUAUCUCUCUCUCUCUCUCUCUAUCUCUCUCUCUCUCCUCUCUCUCUCUCUCUCUCUCUCUCUCUCUCUCUCUCUCUCUCUCUCUCUCUCUCUCUCUCUCUCUCUCUCUCUCCAGUACUCUACAGAGCUGAAGAAGCUGUACUGUCAGAUCGCCAAGACGUGUCCCAUCCAGAUCAAGGUGCUGACCAACCCCCCGCAGGGCGCUGUUAUCAGAGCCAUGCCCGUUUACAAGAAGGCAGAGCACGUCACCGAGGUGGUCAAACGCUGCCCCAACCACGAGCUCAGCCGCGAGUUCAACGACGGUUAGUUAGUUAUAUGUCUCUCAGACACUCCUAAAGCACUGUUGAUAACAUAAUAUGUUUUUAUAAACUGUAAAAAACUGAACAUCUUAUUUUGGACAUUAAGCCCACGUAUAGGUGUUGAGUCACAUAUGAACAUGCAACAUAUUUUGCUGUUUGAGUUCAACGACCGCUAGUUAACUUAUCGCUCUCAGGAAAUGCUCCUUGCAGUGAGCAUUUAGUUACCAAUGUUUUGGAUCACUAUUAUUAUUAUCAUUAUUAACUAACCUUUACUCCUCAGAUGCUUCCUGUACCAUGACAUUAUUAACUAACCUUUACUCCUCAGAUGCUUCCUGUACCGUGACAUUAUUAACUAACCUUUACCUCUCAGAUGCUUCCUGUACCAUGACAUUAUUAACUAACCGUUACUCCUCAGAUGCUUCCUGUACCGUGACAUUAUUAACUAACCUUUACUCCUCAGAUGCUUCCUGUACCAUGACAUUAUUAACUCAAAUACCUUUGAUGAACCAUUGAUCUCUAAUUGAUCUUCUCUGAUAUGAACAUGCAACAUAUUUUGCUAUUUGAUAAGCUUAUGGUAUGUUGUGUUUGUAGGUCAGAUAGCCCCUCCCAGUCACCUGAUCCGAGUGGAGGGUAACAGCCACUCCCAGUAUCUGGAGGACUCCAUCACGGGCCGUCAGAGUGUGCUGGUCCCCUACGAGCCCCCCCAGGUAGGCUACAGUUCUCGCCUGUCUGCCCUCCUUACAAGCCCCCCCCCCCCCAGGCAGUGUAGAGUAAGACCUGUUACCACCAAGCCCCCCCCCAGGCAGUGUAGAGUAAGACCUGUUACCACCAAGCCCCCCCCCAGGCAGUGUAGAGUAAGCCCUGUCACCACCAAGCCCCCCCCCAGGCAGUGUAGAGUAAGCCCUGUCACCACCAAGCCCCCCCCCCAGGCAGUGUAGAGUAAGCCCUGUCACCACCAAGCCCCCCCCAGGCAGUGUAGAGUAAGCCCUGUCACCACCAAGCCCCCCCCCCAGGCAGUUGUAGAGUAAGCCCUUGUCACCACCAAGCCCCCCCCCAGGCAGUGUAGAGUAAGCCCUGUUACCACCAAGCCCCCCCAGGCAGUGUAGAGUAAGCCCUGUCACCACCAAGCCCCCCCCCAGGCAGUGUAGAGUAAGCCCUGUCACCACCAAGCCCCCCACCCCCUGGCGACAGACAGUCUCCAACCCCUGUCCACCUGCCUGUCCACCUUGUCUCUCCCCUGUCCCCUCUGUCAUCACGGUGUCACAACCACCACUCUAUCUAUCCGUCUGCAACACCCUACGUGUCUCAGACGGGGUCACCGCAGCCCCUGAACUUCUGUAAACCUGGCCGAGACACGUACUGGCCCUCUCAUAGCCCCCAUACCCCCCUCAUCCAAUCAGUCAUUGACUGUCAGCCCAGCAGCUGGUGUCCUCAAUAUCCCCUGACCCCUACUGGACCCCAUAAUGUGUCCUCCAUCAGUCCUGGCUCUGGACUGAACAUUUUAGUCGUUUAGCAGACGCUCUUAUCCAGAGCGACUUACAGUGCAGUUAGUGCAUACAUUUUUCAUACUGGCCCCCCUCGUGGGAAUCGAAACCCACAACCCUGGCGUUGCAAGCGCCACGCUCUACCAACUGAGCUACAGGAGGGGACACUCAGCACACUACCACCACUGUCAUAUUUAAAAGGCAGUGUUUAUGUCCAGAUGGUCAGAUGUGUAGUAACUGUGUUUUUAUAACCACUGACCAUUUCCCUCAGUCAUUCAUUUAUUUCUGUUUAUGUCCAGAUGUAUUGAGGUUGAGGUUUUAAUUCACUAACCUGCUGCUCUCUUCUCUUCCAGGUGGGCACAGAGUUCACCACAAUCCUGUAUAACUUCAUGUGUAACUCCAGCUGUGUGGGAGGCAUGAACCGACGCCCCAUCCUCAUCAUCGUCACCCUGGAAACCAGAGAGUAAGACAUUAGUGUUGUCAGUGGUUACUAGGGAUGCACAAUUUCUGGGAAACUUUCCCCAGUUGGAGGAUUCCCGGAAUCAGGAGUGGGAAUCUUCCAAACGGGAUUCAUGACAAACAAAGGAACUCUGGGGAAAUGUCCGUAUUGGGUAUCCCACCUCCUCAUAGAUGGUAAAUAAGUGUUACUGACCUGUCUGUCUGUCUGUCUGUCUCUCUCCUGCCUCCUAGUGGUCAGGUGUUGGGUCGGCGGUGCUUCGAGGCCAGGAUCUGUGCGUGCCCUGGCCGGGACCGUAAGGCGGACGAGGACAGCAUCCGCAAGCAGCAUGUUACUGAUGGAACAAAGACCAGUGAGGGUAUGAAACGCCGUAAGUAGUGCUGGGAGCUGGUGGAGGACUGACUGACUGCCUCUGAUUAUACCACACUCUAUCUGUCUCUCACACUGCAUGCUGCCAGCCCCCGUGCUGCCUCCUCCUGCUCUGUGCUGCCUCCUCCUGCUCUGUGCUGCGUCCUCCUGCUCUGUGCUGCGUCCUCCUGCUCUGUACUGUGCUGUGUCCUCCUGCUCUGUGCUGCGUCCUCCUGCUCUGUGCCGCCUCCUCCUGCUCUGUACUGUGCUGCCUCCUCCUGCUCUGUGCUGCCUCCUCCUGCUCUGUGCUGCGUCCUCCUGCUCUGUGCUGCGUCCUCCUGCUCUGUGCUCGUUUUCCAUCCUAUGCUUGCUGAGGUUAAUACAUAGGAUAAAGUUACCAUCAUCCCAGGUGUACCAGCCCAGGUACUUACCAGGCUUCUGUCCCCCUCCCCAGCCUUCCGCCAGGCCUCCCAUGGGAUCCAGAUGUCCUCCAUCAAGAAGAGAAGAUCCACAGAUGAGGAAGUGUUCUGUCUGCCUGUAAGUGUCUGCAGUCUGACCACAUUCCUCUCCUCCUUCUGCUGGGAUUUCCCCAGGGAAUUAAAAUGACCCCAUGAUGAUCCAUACAGUAUUGACUGACCAUGUGAAGUUCUGAUACUGUCUGUCCUAUAGAAAUAGAAUUGGAACCCAGAUGAACAUAUGACAGUCUCGUUGGGUACAGGAGGAAGAAAACAUUUAUAUGGAGAGCAUUUCAAAAUAAGAGCCUGAACUUCAGAACAAAAGUCCUCUGUCCAUACUGGCAAAACCAACCCUGUUAUAUAUACUAUGUAUACAAAAGUAUCUGGACACCACCUCAAAUUAGUGGAUUCGGCUAUUUCAGCCACACCCGUUGCUGACAGGUGUAUAAAAUCGAGCACACAGCCAUGCAAUCUCCAUGGACAAACAUUGGCAGUAGAAUGGCCUUACUGAAGAGCUCAGUGAGUCAGUUCGUCAAAUUUCUACCCUGCUAGAGCUGCCCCGGUCAACUGUAAGUGCUGUUGUGAGGUGGAAACGUCUAGGAGCAACAACGGCUCAUCCGUGAAGUGGUAGGCCACACAAUCUCACAGAACGGGACCGCCGAGUGCUGAAGCGCGUAAAAAUCGUAUGUCCUCGGUUGCAACACUCACUACCGAGUUCCAGACUGCCUCUAGAAGCAACGUCAGCACAAUAACUGUUUGUCGGGAGCUUAAUGAAAUGGGUUUCCAUGGCCGAGCAGCCACACACAAGCCUAAGAUCACCAUGCGCAAUGCCAAGCGUUGGCUGGAGUGGUGUAAAGCUCACCACCAUUGGACUCUGGAGCAGUGGAAACGCGUUCUCUGGAGUGAUGAAUCACGCUUCACCAUCUGGCAGUCCGACGGACGAUUCUGGGUUUGGCGGAUGCCAGGAGAACGCUACCUGCCCCAAUGCAUAGUGCCAACUGUAAAGAUUGGUAGAGGAGGACUAAUGGUCUGGGACUGUUUUUCAUGGUUCAGGCUCCUUAGUUCCAGUGAAGGGAAAUCUUAACGCUACAGCAUACAAUGACAUUCUAGAUGAUUCUGUGCUUCCAACUUUGUGGCAACAGUUUGUUGAAGGCCCUUUCCUGUUUCAGCAUGACAAUGCCCCCGUGCACAAAGUAAGGUCCAUACAGAAAUGGUUUGUCGAGAUCGGUGUGGAAGAACUUGACUGGCCUGCACAGAGCCCAGACCUCAACCCCAUCAAACACCUUUGGGAUGAAUUGGAACGCCGACUACGAGCCAGGCCUAAUCGCCCAACAUCAGUGCCCGACCUCACUAAUGCUCUUGUGGCUGAAUGGAAGCAAAUCCCCGCAGCAAUGUUCCAACAUCUAGCGUUAAGCCUUCCCAGAAGAUUGGAGGCUGUUAUAGCAGCAAAGGGGGGGACCAACUUCAUAUUAAUGCCCAGGAUUUUGGAAUGAGAUGUUCGACGAGCAGGUGUCCACAUACUUUUGGUCAUGUAAAGAAUGCUUUCUAUAAAACAAUAUUAUAUACGUCUCUGUGUGCAUUAUAUUAAUAUUGUGGAAUGUCCCAGCUGCUAACCAACUCCUCUCUCUCUCUCUCUGCCCCUGUAGAUUAAAGGCCGUGAAAUCUAUGAGAUUCUGGUGAAAAUCAAAGAGUCUCUGGAACUCAUGCAGUUUCUGCCUCAGCACACCGUGGAGUCGUACAGGCAGCAGCAGCAGAACAUCCUGCAGAAACAGUGAGUAUUCCUCCCUGUCAGACAAGAUCUAUUAGAUAAAGGAGAACUAUAUAAAGGUUCAGUAAAAAACUAGAACCAGUAGCUGAAACCACUGAGCUAGGCUUACAAACACUAAGCUGGUAACGAGGUCCUCCUCAGCUUCACUUCAUGGUCUGGUUCCUUGUUUUGUCUCAUAACUGCAUGCUUCACGGUUGACAUUUUAACUUGUUUGCCUAUUAAUUAAAGAAAGACUGUGUACUGUGUACUGCAGCAUGCGAAGUAAGCUUAUUUAAGGGAAAGUCCUAAGUUGUGAAAUGAUAGUUUUACUUUUUUGUUUUGGAUUCAACACCUGAUUGAGCAUGAUAGCUUGUUUGGUGGAAUUUUGCCUGUUAAGAUUUAGGGUUGUGUAACAUUGGUUCUGAUUACUACAGUAAUGAUGUUUGAGCUGAGUGAAUACACCAGCAUGAUGACUAUUUGGAUAAGGAUGAAGACAGUGGCUGUUUUGACAGAUGAAAAUUGUUGCUUUUUGGUUACUCACUCACUACAUUUUAUCAGAAGUUGCAUAAUGCAUUUGCUUCUCAGAGGGUUGUGUGAUGUAGAGCUGAGUUUAGAAUAUUAUGGGAUGUUACCUAAGGCUGGGCAGCAGGACCUACGCUCGGCCAGAUGAAGCCUCCGUAGACUAAUGGAAACGCCUUUAGGUGCUCUGCCAGGUUUGCACAACAACAACAGCCGUUUCCAAAUCCAUUAUCCAGUCAGUCCCAGUAAUUGGCUUGAGUGUAUUCAUACUCUGUCAUACACAAACACACAUGCUGCACUCCCUUGCCCUCAGUGAGGGGCGGCCUGGGAGCAGAAAUCGGCCCUGGCAUUUCUAACACGUUGACAAAAAAUUUCCUGAAGGCCUCUACACCGGCCCCAUUUAUUAGCCAGAUAAUGAUCGUUUUGCGCUAAAAAAAACAAGUUAGACCAGCCCACUGGGCUAAAUAUGGACCAGCCCAUUUCGGGCAAAUGCCAGAUGGCCGGUCCGCCCCUGCCCUUAGUCCUCGCCCAUUCAGUUAAAGGGCUGGGGAGAAAAAGGCGGUUAUCUGUAAAUUAUAGUUUUAAAUAGUGUGCUGCUUUCUUUGACGCCCUAUGAUAAUUACUGCUUAUGUUAUCGUUUCUCAUUUAGUAAACUGCCAGACUCUCUGACAUAAUGCUUGAAAAAAUACUGGUUUGAAAAGCCAGUUUUAGGCGUAGCCUAUUUUAGGUUUACUGGUAGUUUGGGUUCUGUCGUCCUGCCCUCUGGCGCCCCCAUCCACAGUCUGGCUGGAUGUGGCAGUGCAGCAGGUAAGGGCAGGGCCCAGUGGUUUUAAAUGCUGCAACGCUGUCACCGGUUAGUUUCAUAAGAACAGAACAGUAUUUAGCCUACACUAUACUUUACCCUAUUUAUGUUUUGGUGAUAUUUUCAAUAUCCUCAAACUCAAAACACUCAACAGCUGUACUGGACUGAAAAUCUGCUCAAGUCGUUUGGCUCCUGAGUGGCGCAGUGGUCUAAGGCACUGCAUCGCAGUGCUAACUGUGCCACUAGAGAUCCUGGUUCGAAUCCAGGCUCUGUCGCAGCCGGCCGCGACCAGGAGACUCAUGGGCGGCGCACAAUUGGCCCAGCGUCGUCCAGGGUAGGGGAGGGAAUGGCCGGCAGGGAUGUAGCUCAGUUGAUAGAGCAUGGCGUUUGCAACGCCAGGGUUGCGGGUUCGAUUCCCACGGGGGGCCAGUAUAAAAAAAUAUGUAUUCACUAACUGUAAGUCGCUCUGGAUAAGAGCGUCUGCUAAAUGACUAAAAUGUAAAUGUAAAUGUAAAAUGUUACAUAGUUGACUGGACUGUUCUAGAUUGUUCUCUAAUCAGGUCCCCAUGCCUCUUCUCUACAUACUGCUCUGUAUUCUGAUGCUUUACUCUCAUCUCCAUGACCUUUCACCUGGAUUAUUCCUAACCCCAGUGGUGUUCUUCACAGCAUUAUCAAUUAAUAUUAAAUAUUUUUAUUUUGUUGUUUAUUUUUUACUCUGUGGAAGGUCAAGUCAAGAGUCUCCCGAUGUGAUACUAUUGCUGUCUAAUAGUGCCCUCUUCUGGGGGAUAAUGUUACCACACACUACACUGAAAUGGCCAUCAUUCAUUUUCUUCUUAAAUACUGUGUUUCCAAAUGGCUCUGUUUCUCUACUUUGUAAACUCUCUCCUCUCAACUUUUGACUUUCUACUGGUUUCUUUGUCUGUUUCCUGUUUCCUACUCUCCUAAAGUGAGUCCUUAUUUUCCUCUCUCUCUCUCUCUCUCUCUCUCUCUCUCUCUCUCUCUCUCUCUCUCUCUCUCUGGUUCCAGUCUGCUUAAAGCCCGGCUACGUUCAGAGCUCCUGGAGCCCUUAGCAGCAGAGCAGAGGAGAUGAUGCAGUACCUCCUGAGACUCCCCUCAUCCUCACAUUCCUCCUUCCUUCAGCCUCCUCCUUCCUCCUCCCUUCAGUUUCCUCACCCCUCAAACCUCAGCCACAAUCAGACUAGGGGCUCCUCUUUCACCUCUCCUCUCUCCUCCCUCUUUCAGGGUGCUUUCUAAUUAUCUCUCUCCUCUCUCUCGCUCUCUCUAUUUCUCCCUCUCUCUCUCUUUCGCUCCCUCUCUCCCGCUCUGCUCUGUCUCUGGGUUCCUGCUCUGAGGUUGUGUCUCUGUUGAAACUCUCACAUUCUCCAAACAGAGUUAAAUAAACAGAUAAACAGUCUGUUGGUGCUUCAUGUUCAUGAAAUAAAACAUUUUUUUCUAUUCAUUACUUAUGUAACACAAAUAAUUUGCUACAACUUUAGUCUGUCUGGCAAGUACUCUGCAUACCAGUCUACUGAUAAGGUGCUGUCACAUUCUAAAGUGAUAAAUUAAGAUGUUUUUGCAUGCCAGAUUUUUUAAAGAAACUUUGUAGCUAAUAUGUGGUAACACCAGUCUCAAACAGCAGACUGCGCUAGAGUUAUUCAAUUCAUUUGAUCAGUUUGUUUCAUUAAACAUUUUACAUUGGGAGUCAUUUAGCAGACGCUCUUAUCCAGUGCGUACUUUUUUCGUACUGGUCCUCCGUGGGAAUCGAACCCACAACCCUGGCGUUGCAAGCGCCAUGCUCUACCAGCUGAGCCCCACGGGGCCCUGUGGUCAGAGAUGAGGUCAUACGGCUCAUCAAGGACAUCAUGUUUAAAAGCCCCAUUCAUGUCUUUGUUACUUUUUAGGUUUAUGUGUUGCUUAUGGUAAAAAUGAAGUUAGUAAUUGAGUUACGGACAGGGACACAGUCUACUUGUAUUGCAGUCAGAACACAUUGCACAUGCAUAGUAGCCGCCUCUCGGCUGACCUCUCCUCCUAUUGGCUGGGGCUUGUCAGGAACCAAGCACUAGUGUUUUUCUACAAGACUUAUCUUGUCUUUGAGUUCUCUUAAGCUUUCACUUUAUUUAGCUUUUUGUUUUCUCAUUGGAGCUGGACUCAAACCUAAAGGUGCGUUCCAAAUGGUACCCUAUUGUCUACCAGAGCCCUAUGGGUCCAGAGCCCUAUCUAUGGGUCCAGAGCCCUAUCUAUGGGUCCAGAGCCCUAUCUAUGGGUCCAGAGCCCUAUCUAUGGGUCCAGAGCCCUAUCUAUGGGUCCAGAGCCAUAUCUAUGGGUCCAGAGCCAUAUCUAUGGGUCCAGAGCCCUAUCUAUGGGUCCAGAGCCCUAUCUAUGGGUCCAGAUCCCUAUCUAUGGGUCCAGAUCCCUAUCUAUGGGUCCAGAUCCCUAUCUAUGGGUCCAGAGCCCUAUCUAUGGGUCUUGGUCAAAAGUAGUGCAUAAAGAAGAAAUAGGGUGCUAUUUGGGACGUGGACUUUGUAAUCUAAUGGGGAGAGAUUUUAUUAUGAAGAUAACUUUGAUAAUGCUGGUCAUGUUGUAUAAAGUCACUGCUGGACAGUUUGUUUGUUUUUGACCCAUUUGAUCUUUGAAUUUUCUGAAAGAUAUUUAGCAUUUAUUUAGGAUUGACAGAUACAUGACAAACAUAUUGCUUUAUGUACAGAGAGCAGACUCUAUGGAUAACUUGCUUUAUGUACAGAGAGCAGACUCUAUGGAUAACUUGCUUUAUGGACAGAGAGCAGAUUCUACGGAGAACUUGCUUUUGUGACCGUUGUUUGAAACAGAUUGUUGUGAUACAUGGCUGUUGCACUUUGGUCUGUCAGAACUCAAUAAAUGUAUUUUCUGCUUUGACUUUCCUUCUCCAUUUUCCCUUUUUUCCUCUCCAUCUGCAAAACAAGGAACCUCAGCUAAAGCCCAUUAUCCUACUAAGGGCUCUAUUCAAUCAGAUCAGCUUUAUCCGACAUCUGCAUAGCGGUUGUUUUGGCGGUGGCGGUACUGCGUUAGAGCUGUCCAAUCCACAAGCGGUUCCUGGCGUUACACCUAAAGCGGACAUUGCCAUUUUAGUCUUUUUUUUUUUUUUAGCAGACGCUCUUAUCCAGAGCGAUUUACAGGAGCAAUUAGGGUUAAGUGCCUUGCUCAAGGGCACAUCGACAGAUUUUUCACCUAGUCGGCUCAGGGAUUAGAACCAGCGACCUUUCGGUUACUGGCACAACGCUCUUAACCACUAAGCUACGUGCCGCCCCAUUGGCUGCACUGAGUUGCAUUAACAGAAAUCCCAUGCAGACCUGUUUAUAAGUUGGAACACAGGAAUGUGUGAUGUAAUCUACACCUUGAUUAGGCUGAUAGAAAUCCUAAUUUCAUUGAAUUAUUUAUAUUCUAUUUGAGUGUCAUCAUUUCUAUAUAGCCUAGACUUUCUUGUUCUGACCUUCUAAGGAGAGUGGGGCAGGUGUGGCUUCGUGACAAUCGCAAGAGCGGCUGCUCACCGAUUUGACAGCUCCAACGCCAAAACAUCUGCUAUCGACAGUUAACGCUUGAUCUGAUUUGAAUCUACGCCCAAAUCUACACUCAUAGACAACACAUACUGUUAGAUGAAACAUACACUUUAUAGUCAUAGAGAUAUGCUUUGAGUUUCUGUGGCAUGCUUGAAUUUAAUCAUUUCCGAUAAUGUUGAAAACACAUUGGCGUGUAAGAGAUUAAUUUGAAAGAUUAAUGUUUGAGAAUAACGUUAGCUACACAAUCUGUCAAAAUGAUUACCUAACCCAGUCAAUGUUAACUAUACUGAACAGUAAAACUGAUUACCUUACCCAGUCAAUGUUAACUAUACUGAACAGUAAAACUGAUUACCUUACCCAGUCAAUGUUAACUAUACUGAACAGUAAAACUGAUUACCUUACCCAGUCAAUGUUAACUAUACUGAACAGUAAAACUGAUUACCUUACCCAGUCAAUGUUAACUGCUAAAUGGUAUAUUAUUAUUAUAUAUUGUUAACUAUACUGAACAGUAAAACUGAUUACCUUACCCAGUCAAUGUUAACUAUACUGAACAGUAAAACUGAUUACCUUACCCAGUCAAUGUUAACUAUACUGAACAGUAAAACUGAUUACCUUACCCAGUCAAUGUUAACUGCUAAAUGGUAUAUUAUUAUUAUAUAUUGUUAACUAUACUGAACAGUAAAACUGAUUACCUUACCCAGUCAAUGUUAACUAUACUGAACAGUAAAACUGAUUACCUUACCCAGUCAAUGUUAACUAUACUGAACAGUAAAACUGAUUACCUUACCCAGUCAAUGUUAACUGCUAAAUGGUAUAUUAUUAUUAUAUAUUGUUAACUAUACUGAACAGUAAAACUGAUUACCUUACCCAGUCAAUGUUAACUGCUAAAUGGUAUAUUAUUAUUAUAUAUUAUUAACUAUACUGAACAGUAAAACUGAUUACCUUACCCAGUCAAUGUUAACUGCUAAAUGGUAUAUUAUAUUAUAUAUUAUUAACUAUACUGAACAGUAAAACUGAUUACCUUACCCAGUCAAUGUUAACUGCUAAAUGGUAUAUUAUUAUUAUAUAUUGUUAACUAUACUGAACAGUAAAACUGAUUACCUUACCCAGUCAAUGUUAACUGCUAAAUGGUAUAUUAUUAUUAUAUAUUAUUAACUAUACUGAACAGUAAAACUGAUUACCUAACCCAGUCAAUGUUAACUGCUAAAUGGUAUAUUAUAUAUUAUUAACUAUACUGAACAGUAAAACUGAAAUAUUGUUCUUGUUGUUUACCACUGUAUGUAACUAACAGCCAGGUUAACCCUUUGUCGUUAAAGAUGGGAUCUCUGGGGGGAUGAGAGUAAUGGGCUGUAUCCUCCUCUCCCCUGCCCCAGGAGCUCCACGGCCCUUCAGCCGCCGUACGGCUCCAGCUCCCCUCCUCACCCCCACGGCAAGGUCAACAAGCUCCCCUCCGUCAGCCAGCUCAUCAACCCCCAGCAACGCAACACGCUCACCCCUUCCUCCAUGGCCCAAGGCCUGACUGACAGUAAGUGUGCCUUACCCCCUUUGUAUAGUGAGAGAUUCUGCCCCCCCCCCCCCGACUCUCUGUCUGUCUGGCCCCUGUCCUGUCUGGCCCCUGGCCUGUCUGGCCCCUGUCCUGUCUGGCCCCUGUCCUGUCUGGCCCCUGGCCUGUCUGGCCCCUGUCCUGUCUGGCCCCUGUCCUGUCUGGCCCCUGUCCUGGCUGGCCCCUGUCCUGUCUGGCCCCUGUCCUGUCUGGCCCCUGGCCUGUCUGGCCCCUGGUCUGUCUGGCCCCUGUCCUGUCUGGCCCCUGGCCUGUCUGGCCCCUGGCCUGUCUGGCCCCUGUCCUGUCUGGCCCCUGUCCUGUCUGGCCCCUGUCCUGUCUGGCCCCUGGCCUGUCUGGCCCCUGGCCUGUCUGGCCCCUGGUCUGUCUGGCCCCUGGCCUGUCUGGCCCCUGUCCUGUCUGGCCCCUGUCCUGUCUGGCCCCUGUCCUGUCUGGCCCCUGGCCUGUCUGGCCCCUGUCCUGUCUGGCCCCUGGCCUGUCUGGCCCCUGGCCUGUCUGGCCCCUGGUCUGUCUGGCCCCUGGCCUGUCUGGCCCCUGUCCUGUCUGGCCCCUGGCCUGUCUGGCCCCUGUCCUGUCUGGCCCCUGGCCUGUCCUCCUUCCUCCACCACCCCUGCUUGUUUUUUUCCCAGUCUUUCUGUGUCUGGGCCGUUGUCGUACCUCCACUGCCCGCCUCCGCCAUCUCCAGUACCACGCCCCCUCUGGGCCGAUCAUGUGACACGCGUCAGGCAGGAUAGCGGUACCUGUCUGGGAGGGGUGUGUAGGGGGCCACUGUACAACUCUCAGCCCCCCCUGUCAGAACGCUUCCUCCCAUGGGUCAAUGUGAUCCCUGUUGAGACCCUGUUCCUCCCCUGCUCCUCCCCUCUGGGGCCUCUCUCCUUCCAAUCACGUAUUGUUGUUGAGAUGCCCCGCUCCCACUAUCUUCUGUUGAUAUUACACAAUCUCAGAGAACGUUAAGAGUUCUUACAUUUGUCCAGCCUCGUCCCUUCGCUUUAUGGCAAAUAGGUGGGCGGGCUGAAAAACGAAUGACAGAUUGUCGCUUUAUAAGAGUACUGCUCACGGAAGCUUGUUUCUCUAGUGACGUUCACUGCACCUCAUCUACAUAAUAUCUGAACUAUGGUAUGGUGCUGGAGAUAAUACAUUUGAAAUUUUAAAAAACGGCAGAUUGCCCCAUUUUAAAAGUCGCUCACACUAGUCUGUUUGAUUCUCUAGGGACUUCGAUGAUGGGCCACGUGGCAGUAGAUUGCUUCCUUUAUAGAGAUAAAACUGAUCUAUCUCUGGUUUCUGUAGUGACUCCGAUGAUGGGCCACAUGGCUAUGAAUGCUGACAUGUCGGCCCUGAGCCCCGCACACGUCCUGCAGCCUCAGUUACCCAUGGUGCCCAGCUCUCACUGCACCCCCCCGCCUCCCUACCCCAUGGACAGCAGCAUCUCCAGGUACCUAGCUAAACAACCGCCAGUGGAGGCUGGUGAAGGAAGGAUGGCUCAUAGUAAUGGCCGUAAUGGAAUGACUUAUGGUAUCCAUCUCUGUUUUGAUACUGUUCCAUUAAUUCCAUUCCAGCCAUUACUAUGAGCCCGUCCUCCGAUUUUAGUGGCACCAGCCACCACUGAUAACCACACAUCUGUUGAUGCUCUUGGACAGUUGUGGGCACUAUAAAGUCAGGACAAGACGCGCAAUAUUGACAGAACUUUUGCAACACGGCUCUAUAGCGUCUCCAAUCGAUAGUUUGUCACCAAAACCUGAACCACUCUACAAGGAGUGCCUGCAUCUGACAAGACAUCUCUCUACUGUUGGCCAUUCUUGUCUAACACACUGUUAUUACAAGAAUGCUGAGGUGCUAUUUUUAUUUUCCCUACUGACCCUGUUCCCCCCUCUCCGUGUCCUGUUGCAGCUUUCUUCUGCGGCUGGGCUGCGCAGCCUGCCUGGACUACUUCACAGCACAGGGCCUGACCAACAUCUACCAGAUCGAGAACUAUAACUUGGAGGUGAGGCCUUGCCUGUCACACGCACUGCAUCUGUUAAACUCAGAGAGAAGGGUCGGGUGGCUUCAAGAGGCCUGAGCCUUUGUGUAAGCAAGAACAAAUAAAUGAAAAAAUAUUUAUAUCUGAAGUCGUCUUGUCUAUUUCUGUAUGCGGACCUGAACUGCUCUUCAUUUUUUGGGCUGCCUGACUCAGCCUGAGAGCAUUGUCUUCCGGGAGAGGGCGUCAUUACAUUUACAUUAUUUAGCAGACGCUCUUAUCCAGAGCGACUUACAAAUUGGUGCAUUCACCUAAUGAUAGCUAGUGGGAUAACCACUUUACAAUAAAAGAUAUGUUUAGAGUAUAUUUUUAAUUUUCAUUUGUUUUAUAUUGAUUUUUAUUUUUUUAUAUUUUUUUAUCCUAUUGUCUUUUUUUGGGGGGGGGGGGGGGGGGGGUAGAAGUAUUACUAACGUGUCAGCGUUGCCAUGAACUAUCAGUGCAGAUGGAGUCGUCUAUCUGAUGUAAGACUAUUGCCUUUUGGGCCGCCUGGGGCCCUGGCCUUUUGGGCCGCCUGGGGCCCUGUGCCUAUCCUGAGAGAAAGAAGACUAAACAAGGCUAAAGAGACUAACCCCCAGUGUGUGAUGUCAUCCCCGUCCACAGGACCUGUCCCGGCUGAAGAUCCCCCAGGAGUUUCAGCACAUCAUCUGGAAGGGCAUCAUGGAGCACCGGCAGAGCAUGGAGUUCUCCCCUCCCCCCCACAUCCUACGUACCUCCGGCGGGGCCUCCACCGUCAGCUUAGGGUCCUCCGAGGCCCGGAGCGAGCGGGUCAUCGACGCUGUGCGCUUCACCCUGCGCCAGACCAUCUCAUUCCCACCGCGCGACGACUGGUCCGACUUCUCCUUCGACCUGGACUCCCGACGCAACAAGCAGCAGCGCAUCAAGGAGGAGGGGGAAUAGAGAAACUCUCACACCCUGGGAGGAAUUUCAAUCUAAGGCUGUUGACAAGCGCACUGCAACAAUGGGCCUGUAAAAGGCAAUUUCCCUGACGUUCAGAGAUCGGCUAUUACAGUAAACGCUGUGGAUGUCGGCUCAAGCGCACAUUACCAUUAAAAGUCGAGUGCAGUACGCUUGUCGGCAAUGGGCCUUGGAUUGAAGCCCUGCCUCUGUCAUACACCUGUUGACCAACCACUCCCGUAUAAUGGUACAGAACUAGGAAAUCUCUGCU